ACAGCGACACACUCCCCUCUCUGUCUCUUGUUCCCUCCCUCUUACCUACAAUAAAACAGUGAGUGAAGGAUCCUCACUUUAAUGCUGCUGGGGUCUUUGAAUGGAGAGACGCUUGUUCAUUUGCUGCAGUAUGACUGGAAACAUCCAAUCAGGGUGUGCUGUGUGGCUCGGGCUGCUUGUUCUGGUUCUGUGCUGGACUCUGACCAUCACUAAUGCGGCACCUUUCUGCACCAAUGACCAACCUGGGUGUCACACCUUGUACCUGGACAACUUGUUUGACCGAGUCGUCCAGCACUCGGCCAGGGUGCACAGCAUUUCCAACGACCUCCACUCGGACUUUGAACACUACUUCCUGCGCAGUAGGAAUCAAAUUGACAGAGUCGGACGCAACUGUCACACUUCCACCAUUCUCACCCCAAACGGCAAGGAAAACGCUCAACAAAUGGCGAGAGAGGAGUUGACGGAGGUGAUCCUGCGCCUCCUGGUGGCCUGGAAGGACCCUCUGUGGCGUUUCCACCAGAGCGUGGCUCAGCACCGUGACCUCAACGACUUCAGCUCAGACAGAGCUCUGGAGCUGAGUCACAUGGUACACCAGCUGCACAACGGUGUGGAGAGAGUGGCCGAGAAGAUGCAGCUCCUGGGAAUUCUGAGUGACUCCAUUGACAGCCAGGCGUCUCCUGAAACCACAUUCCCUUCUGAUUCAAUGAGAGACUACGACCUCCUCUUCUGUUUCCGUCGAGACUCCAACAAGAUCCAGAACUACCUGAAGAUCCUCAAGUGCCGCGUUUUCCCAGAGCACAAAUGUUAAAGACUGAACAGACUGUGACCCUCGACCCAAAGAGUGCUACAGCACGAUACAUGUUUCAACGUUAUGUUGUUUACUUUGUAAAAUGUUUUUGAUCGAAUAAAAAAAGCAAAUUUCAAAGCAUAUACUAGCAUGUUAACCUAACUUUGCUUGGGCCAAAGGGUUGAACACUUUAUUACAUAAAAAUGAAAUAAAUAAUAAUAAUAAAAACA